AGGAGACCCAUCAGACAUAUGCACUGUUAUACCGAGAGAGGCAGAGAGAGACGGAGACUUAGGAUCCGCAUAUCAUUAUCAAUCAAGUGGGAAAAUAAACAAGGCCACCGAGAGCUGCCUCUAUCUCCUACAAACGAUUGAUUGGAAUUAACUCUCAUAUAUUUCCAUCGGGGAUUUCAUUCACGCUUCUCCAAGGGGAUCCUUCUGCUGAGGAUUACUUUACACUGUAAAACUUUUUUUUUCUUUCUGUCAGAAACUCGUGCCUCGUAUGGGAAAAUAGAGGGGCUGAAGACAGACGCACCAAAGGAACAGUUUCACGUCACUUUCCCUCCUGCGCGUCAAGAGUUCACCUUGACUGUGACAUAACGGAAAGCUUUUUAAAACUUUCUCCAUGAUCGUUUGAGCCUGGCUACGCGGACCUGUGGAGCUUUCACUGCUUGUUGAAGGGCUGUCAACACAAUGGGACGCCUGUGUCUGCUCCUGGUUGUCACUCUCUCCCUACUCACCUGCCAGGUUUUGUGCUCCGGAGUGUUUGAGCUGAAGCUGCAGGAGUUUCUCAACAAGAAAGGGGUAACGGGGAACACCAACUGCUGCCCUGGAGGCUCUGCUCUUCCGCAGGGCCAACACCAGCAGUGUGAGUGCAAGACUUUCUUUCGGGUUUGUCUGAAGCAUUACCAGGCCAACGUCUCCCCCGAGCCUCCCUGCACCUACGGCGGUGCUGUGACUCCCGUCCUAGGCUCCAACUCCUUCCAGGUGCCGGAGACCAACGCGGACAGCUUCACCAACCCAAUCCACUUCCCCUUCGGCUUCACAUGGCCGGGGACAUUUUCGCUGAUCAUUGAAGCUCUGCACACUGACUCCCUGGACGACCUGACAACAGACAACCCGGAGCGUCUGAUCAGCAGGAUCUCCACUCAGCGUCACCUCACUGUGGGAGAAGAGUGGUCCAAGGAUAUGCAGACAGCCGGGGGAACUGAGCUACGUUACUCCUACCGCUUCCUGUGCGACGAGCACUACUACGGCGACGGCUGCUCUGUCUUCUGCCGGCCCAGAGACGAUGCUUUUGGACACUUCACCUGCGGCGAGCGCGGGGAGAUCAUAUGCAACUCUGGCUGGAAGGGACAGUACUGCACUGAGCCAAUCUGUCUUCCUGGCUGUGAUGAAGAACAUGGCUUCUGUGAUAAACCUGGAGAGUGCAAGUGUCGUGUAGGCUUCAGUGGCCGUUACUGUGAUGACUGUAUCCGUUACCCAGGCUGCCUCCAUGGCACCUGCCAACAGCCCUGGCAAUGUAACUGCCAGGAGGGAUGGGGUGGGCUCUUCUGCAACCAGGAUCUGAACUACUGUACACACCAUAAGCCCUGUCUUAAUGGAGCCACCUGUACCAACACUGGCCAGGGCAGCUACACUUGCUCCUGCCUGCCUGGAUACACAGGUGCCAGCUGUGAGAUCCAGGUUAACGAGUGUUCGGGAAACCCAUGUCGCAACGGAGGCAGCUGCACUGACAAUGACAACGGCUAUAAGUGCACCUGCCCACCUGGUUUCUAUGGCAACAACUGUGAGUUAAGUGCCAAUACCUGUGCAGACGGGCCUUGCUUCAAUGGCGGGCGUUGCGCCGACAACCCUGAAGGUGGCUACUUCUGUCAGUGCCCAAUGGGAUACGCUGGCUUCAAUUGCGAGAAGAAAAUCGACCACUGCUCCUCCAACCCCUGUUUAAACGGUGCAGAAUGUGUGGAUCUGGUGAACUCCUACCUCUGUCAGUGUCCUGAGGGAUUUUCAGGUCCUAACUGUGAGGACAGCAGCAGCAUCUCUGGACACUGUCUGUCCUUCCCUUGUCAGAACGGUGGGACAUGUCAGGAUGGAGUGAACAGCUACACCUGUACCUGCCCUCCAGGAUAUACUGGGGAAAAUUGCAGCUCCCCCAUCUCCCGCUGCCAUCACAACCCCUGCCACAAUGGAGCCACCUGCCACGAGCGUGGCGGUCGCUAUUUGUGUGCCUGUGUGCCUGGUUACGGCGGUCACAACUGCCAGUUCCUCUUGCCACUGAUUCCCAAGGUUCAGCCGGUGGUGGAUGGACCGGAUCGGCGAUAUUCUUCCCCAGAAAAUGGAAAUGUUGAAGACGAGGAGGAUGACGACAGCAGAUUCCCUUGGACGGCCGUCUGCGCCGGCGUCUUCCUCGUGCUUGUGAUCCUGAUCGGCUGCUCAGUGCUGGUGGUCUACAUUCGGGUCAAACUGCAGGAGCGGCACGGUCACCACGGUGACAGUGUCCACAGUGACAGCCACGAGACCAUGAACAACCUGACGACCACCAACAAUUGUCUCCGCAGCGACAAGGAACUGAGCACUAUGAUGACAAUGUCAAUUAAAAACACCAACAAGAAGGCGGAUUACCAUUCGGACCUCGCUGGGUCACUGGGUGGUCUGAGUGGAAUCAGCGGACUCAAUGGAUCAGAGAAGAACGGCUUUAAGACUCGCUAUCCCAGUGUGGAGUACAACCUGGUCCAUGAGCUGCGGCCUGAGGAGCUGUCGCUGUGUAAAGAAGAGGAGCGUGAUGAGCCAGAGGUUAAAUGUGAUAUGCUGGAUGAGUCUGACUCAGAGGAAGAAUACAGGAAGAGGCAAAACAGUGACGCAUCAGAAAAGAUGCAAGUAGAAGAGGCACCAAGCUGCAGCGAAGCAAAAUAUCAGUCAUCCAGCGAUUUGAACUCUCACGCAGCAAGUGAUCUUAAAUACCAGUCAACCAGUGAUGUUGAAUACCACAGUCCCAGUGACAGCCGGUACCAGUGUACCACCGACACCAAAUACCAGUCCGUCUACGUCAUGUCGGACCAAAAAGAUGAAUGUAUCAUCGCUACAGAGGUAUGAUACCAGUCCAGACCAGACCAGGUCAGCUCGGAGCCAGUUUCCUCUGGUUGAUGGCGGUCCAUACACACCAGCCCUGAGCAAUAGAGCUCAGCUUGUCUCCAGGAGGUUUUACUCCUGCUGUUUGCUGCUGUUCCCUGGGAUUUACCAGAGGACUUUGAGCCAAGGUGCUACUGAGCCAGCAUGGAAUCAGUACCGACUUGGCGAGGACUUAGUACUACAGUAGUACUACGGGUGAAUACUGGACAUUUUUGACUUUGUUGGAUGUAGGUCUGAUGCUGACUCAGUGCUACGGAUGAAGUACGAGAAGACAGUGCUAGCACUAGUACGAACUUUGUACAGAAACAGUGCUGAAUGAGUACUCAUGCAGUCAAAUGGUGGCUGCUGGAGAACUGAUGAAGAGCUUGUUUGAUGUCUGUUGCAGCAGUGGAAGAUUUACUGCUCGUACCAGGAUGAACUCUUCUCUCCUGAUAAACUAUGGAGUAUUGACUUGGAUGUUUACAGAUGAUAUUGUAGUACCGUGGAGUACUGAUUGAAUGAACAGUGUAGUACCUUUGGAGUACUGAGAACGUUUGAAGUACUGCUGUAGUACUCUUAUGUGCUGUGGUUUUACAAUGCAGUGAAAAAGCUGUUGUGGAUAUUGGACAGUUCAUGUUCUGCGCAGUGCUGCAGAGUAAAGGAUGAAGUACUAGUAGCAACAGUAGAAGUCCCUGUACUUCAUUAGUGCUGCAGCUGCUGCAGUAGUCUAUUUGUUGUUAAGAAUCCAUUAAAACAUCUCAAUUGGAGCUUUCCCAACAAAACAAACACAAAAUUAAAAACAGUGGGACUUCUACAGCAGCAAUACAUCUUAAACUCUGCAGCACUGACAGAGACAGUGUUGGCUGAGCUGGUUCUCAGCAGAAAACUGACGACUCCAGUAGUGACUGCAGAUCGAUCCAACAUGGAUCCUGUUGGGCCAUACUGGCCUCCUGAAGGUUGUGAUAGACAGGGCAAUGUUUUGGGCAGAGGGCAACUUAGGAAACACAACAAUCAGAAUAAGAGAACAAAGUGAAACAAAUCAGACAAAACAUAAGGGAAUUGUAAUUAUCCAAUUACAUACAUUUUCCUGGCAGCUCCUUAAGCCACAAUUUAUAGACAAAAUUACCUAAAAAAGUUUCUUAUUACAAAAUUGUCCCGACCUCUGAUGAUGCUGUUGUGUUUCCAAGUAAGCCGAGCUAUAAAUGACUAGUCUUAACUGCCAAGACCUCAUUGCACUAUGGAGGUGUGUGUGUGUGUGUGUGUGUGUGUGUGUGUGUGUGUGUGUGUGUGUGUGUGUGUGUGUGUGUGUGUGUGUGUUUGAGUGUGUGUGUACAGAAGAGGUGAUGCCUGUGUGUGGUGUCAAAUGUAUGCACUGCCCAUUCCCUUCACUCCCAGUCUUCCACUAUUAGCCAACUGAAGGACACAUCACCCUGCCUGCCGUUGGUUAGGAUAAUUUGUUUUUUAUUUUAUUUGUUAUCUAAAGAAAGAUGUAUUCUUUUAAUUUAAUUAUGUAAUUAUUUGUGUUCCAUUUUGUUGUGAUUCUUUUUGUUAAACCUGGUAUAAUUUAAGUUGGAUUGUUUUUAUUUGGCAGAUAAUGUAUGUAUGUACGUAUGUAUGUAUGCAUGUAUGUGUUAGGCACUUGAGACCCCUGUGACUGUGUUGUAUUUAAGAGAAAAGUUGUAUGUACAGAGCCUGUCAUUUUUAUUACUGGAAAAUAGCGCAAUAUUUUUCCAAAAUAAAAGAGGAAUGAAAUAUA